CUCAGUUGAAGCUAAGACAUGAAGAUGCUUGUUUUCCUGUUGUUCUUCCUCUCUAUUCAGGUCUCAUAUUCUGCUCAUUCUUAUCAGUCUGAUGAAGACGCUCUUCUCACAUUUAAGCGUUCCCUCAUUUUGGACCCUCAGAAUUAUUUGCUUGACUGGUCUCCCAACCAUUCAUUUUGCAAUUGGACUGGUAUAGCCUGCUCUUCUCGUCACCAACGCGUGGUUUCCUUCAAUCUUACAGGUAUGUCUUUAGUGGGCCCCAUCUCUCCUUUCAUUGGAAAUCUUUCUUUUCUUAAAGUACUCUCUCUUUGGAAUAACCACUUUCAUGGCCAUAUUCCGCCUGAGUUGGGAAGGCUUUCUCGCCUUAGAAUACUUCGAUUGUCUAGAAAUGAAUUGGAAGGCCCCAUCCCAUCCACUCUAGCUGAUUGUCGUUCAUUGAACAAGCUCCUCCUCUCUUAUAACAAUUUGAGUGGCGAAAUUCCCUUUGAGCUUGGCCUUCUUUCACAAUUAGAAAUUAUUGCAUUAGAGCGGAACCAACUGACAGGCACAAUUCCAUCCUCUCUUGGAAAUCUAUCCUCCUUAACUGACUUGGAGUUGGGAGGAAAUAGACUAUAUGGUCAUAUUCCUAUGGAAUUGGGUAUGCUUAGUCAACUUAGAAGGCUUGAUCUUGAAAACAGCUUCACAGGAGUGAUUCCCAACACUCUUUUCAAUUGCUCUCUUCUCCAAAAAUUAUCAUUAUAUGGUAAUUACUUAACUGGCCACAUUCCUUGGCAAUUUGGUAACCUACCAGAGUUGCAAGUUUUGCUCUUAUGGGGAAACCAAUUCAUUGGAGAAAUCCCAACGUCCCUCUCUAAUUGCACUCAGCUUCAAGUGCUUGAAUUAGAGCUUAACCAACUUAGUGGCUUGGUGCCACUAGAAUUUGGCAACUUGCUCCAACUUCAGUGGCUUAAUUUAGGGGGAAAUAAUCUUGUUAGUGGAAGUAGUGAUUUAUCUAUUCUAACUGCCUUGUCUAAUUGUUCAUCUCUACAAUUUCUAAGCUUCUCUCAUAAUUAUCUCACUGGCAUUUUGCCCUCUUCUAUUAGCAAGCUAUCAAGCGAACUCUCCUACUUAGAUUUUUCUAAUAAUAGAAUUGAGGGAAAUAUACCAAGUGGAAUUGGUAACCUCACAAAGAUGCAAGUAUUAACUUUAUCUAAUAAUCAUUUCAAUGGUUCGAUUCCAUCAACACUUGGUUUGCUUCUAAACCUAGAAAGAUUGCUAUUGGAGGAAAAUAAUUUAGAUGGAAGAAUUCCAGAAAGUUUGGGCCAUGCAAAACAACUUGGGUUGCUGUCACUUAGUGAAAACAUGAUUUCAGGGAAAAUUCCAGAAAGUUUGGGUGGUCUUUCACAAUUAAGAGAUUUACUCAUUGAUAAAAAUCAAUUGUCAGGGAAAAUUCCUGCUGGUUUAGGGAGAUGCAUAACUUUGGAGAAGGUGGAUUUGGCUCAGAAUAAACUAGAAGGAAAUAUUCCUGAUGAUUGGGCAAGCCUUACAAAUUUGCAAUUUUAUUUGAAUAUUUCAAAUAAUUUAUUACAAGGUUCUAUUUCAGUAAUAAGUAAAAUGGCAAUGGUCCAAGCUAUAGAUGUGUCUCUUAACAACUUUUCAGGGGAAAUUUCAGGUGCAUUGUCAAGUUGCAAAAACUUGCAAUAUUUGAAUCUUUCAAGAAAUUCAUUUAAUGGCCCGAUACCAGUAUCACUCACAAAUCUAAAAAAUCUUCAAGACAUUGAUAUGUCAUGCAACAAUUUGUCAGGUACAAUCCCAGUAGGUUUUAAAGAAAUGAAAAUGCUUCAACAUAUCAAUCUCUCUUCAAAUAGCUUAACAGGAGAGGUUCCAGAGGGAGGAGUUUUUACAACAAUUGACAAGUCAGCAAUUUUAGGAAAUAUUGGUCUUUGUGGUAAGUGGAUUAAAUUGCAGCCAUGCUCAAAUCCCAAACAUGAGCAAUUCUUAAUGUCCAAAAAGGUGAUAGUACCAGCUGUAAUUGGCACUACAAUCUUCAUCAUAUCUUUUAUAUUAGUAAUUUACUAUAUGAGGCAUAGUAAUAAAAAUGUCCCUGACAUAAAUAUUGGGCUUAAAAGAAUUUCAUAUGAAGAACUUGUAGAAGCAACUAAUGGGUUUAGCCAUACCAAUUUGGUAGGGGAUGGUAGUUUUGGUUCUGUUUAUAAAGGGACACUCAAGGAUGGUACAGAUAUUGCUGUUAAAGCUCUCAAUAUGCUAGAUGAAAAUUCUAUCAAAGGUUUUGAGAGAGAAUGUAAUGUGUUAAAAAGAGUUAGGCACCGCAAUGUUAUCAAAAUCACUUCAAUUUGUUCCAACCUUGAUUUCAAAGCAUUGGUUCUUCCAUUCAUGUCAAAUGGAAGUUUGGAGAAAUGGCUAUAUCCCCAAGGAGGAGAUGAAUGCACAUUAACUUUGUCUAAUCGAUUAAAAAUAGCAAAGGAGAUAGCACAAGGAAUGGCAUAUCUACAUCAUCAUUGUUUUGUCCAAGUCAUUCAUUGUGACCUAAAACCGAACAAUGUACUAUUAGAUGAUGACUUUACUCCAUAUAUAGCAGACUUUGGCAUUACCAAGAUCCUAUUUGGGAGUUCAUCAGAUUCAUUGACUUCUUCAAGUGCACUUAAGGGAUCCAUUGGGUACAUUGCACCAGAGUAUUCAAUGGGUGGAAAUGUUUCAACAAAAGGAGAUGUAUAUAGCUAUGGAAUUUUAAUUUUAGAGUUGUUGACAAGGAAGAGACCUACAAAUGAUAUGUUUAAAGAAGGUAUCAAUCUACCAAAAUGGGCUAGUAUGGACUUCCCAAAUAAAAUAAUAGAAGUUGUUGACAACUACCUACUUCAAGAUGUUAAUGAGAUAAAUAUAUCAAUGGUAUUGGCAUGCCUUACUCAAUGUAUACAAGUAGGAUUGGUUUGUACAAGGGAGCUACCACAACAACGCCCAAAUAUGAUAGAGAUAGUUGAUAGAUUAGAAAAUAUAGUAGAUGCAUUUCUUGGUAUUCCUAGAGCUUUUCAUUUGCCCAUUGAUAUAUCACCUCUUCUUGAGAGCACUAGUGGUCCAAAAGCUAAUAUUGAGGAUUGGUCUACAUCUACAUCUUAGCUCUACAUAUACAUCUAUACUCUUCACUCAAUUGGCUUCAAUUGUUGC